AUGUUCUGGCAGGGCAUAUUGCUGCUGCUCGCGCAGAAUGCUGUCGCUUGGCAUUCGAACGACGACUUGAUGUCCUUCGUUACGCUCCCGGACGCCAGGGCUGUCAAGUUCAACAUCAACUACGAACAUCGCGAUCGCGUUAGUCCGGGAUACUGGUUUGUCUCGCCUUAUCUACACAUCGCGCCCGACGAACCCACCAGUCUCUACGAACAAUAUCAAACUGGUCCCCACAUUUACGACCAGGAUGGACGUCUCGUCUGGACUGGAGCCCCCAUGUUUGACAACCGCAACGUUUUCGAUUUCAAAACCAUUACACUCCAUAACGAAACUUACAUCUCUCUCAUCUUGCAAUACAGUCACGACGGGCGUGAACGAGGAUAUGGUAUGAUCCUGGACCAAAACUAUCAAGUCUACCGGAAAAUCCCCUUGAGAAAGGAUCUUGGAGUCUUCGAUAUCCACGAGUUCAAUGUCCUUGAUAAUGGCCAAUCCGCGGUCGUUACAAACUAUCUCUCGGAGGAAAUAACCUUGGAAGCCUUUGGUCGCCCAGAGGAAAAGACCUGGUUAGAGUAUGGUGGAUUCGCGGAGCUUGAUAUCAACACCGCGGAUGUUCUUUACCACUGGAAUUCGUUUGCUGAGGUUCCAUUGGCGGAAACCGUCCAUUACAGCCCAAGCUCCCGUGUAGAAGGAGCUCCUGGCUGGGAUUAUGUGCAUAUCAAUGCUGUGGACAAGAACGACAAUGGUGAUUACUUGAUCUCCAUGCGUUUUACGAACACCAUCUACCUCGUUUCGGGACAGACUGGAACUAUUGUGUGGCGUCUGGGAGGACAGGGAAAUAGUGACUUCGCUCAAGAUUUCGUCUUCUCUAAACAACACGACGCCAAAUUCGUCGAGUCAUCCGGAACCCGUCACGUUAUAUCAUUUUUGAACAAUGCGUCCGAUGAGGAAUUUGCCGAAGAGGAAAUCUCGUCGGCAUUGAUCGUCGAACUGGAAACUGGCACAUCCCCAAUGACCGCCCGCGUCCUCAAUCGCUAUAAUCGACCCGAUAAGGGCCUCACCCGUCUCCGUGGCAACUCACAAUUAUUGGCCAAUAAGAACAUGUUUGUGUGCUGGAGUCAAGGCGGCUACAUUUCUGAGUUUUCCCCCGAGGGACAAGUCUUGAUGAGCGCCAGUUUCACCUCAGAUCGCUUCUCGAACUACCGCGCCUACAAAUCCGAAUUCAUCGGUCGCCCGAAUACUCCUCCAGACCUCGUGGCUUCUGUUUUCGGUAGUGAUGAAACAAACCUCAUCACCACUGUGCACGUUAGUUGGAACGGUGCCACCGAUGUGGCCUGGUGGAACUUCUACGCCCAGGCAUCCGAAUUCGAUACACCGGUAUUCAUUGGCAAUGUCUCCAAGUACGAUUUCGAAACAAUGUUCAUCGCCAGCGGGUACAUGGAUUGGAUAUCCGUCGAGGCUGUGCACCGUGACGGCCACGUCAUGGGCACCUCGAAGGUGCACCGGACCCAAUUCCCUGAUUGGAUGGCAGCCGGAUAUGCAGGUCAGUCCGGACUUCCGAGACCCCAGGAUCCAUCCAAGCUUUCGUCCGCCCAAGGUGGCACAUCGAGCAAGAAGCUCAGUGACCCGAGCCGUUUAUCAUCCUUAAGUGACACGGCCGAUGCUGAGGUCAGGAAGGCAAUUCAAAUGCUUUCUAAUUCAUAUACGACCGUCCGUAGUAUCGGAGGUCUCUUCGCACUCAUUUUACUUCUGGCAGUCAUGUCUGGCAUCAUGGCCAGCUAUCUGCUCAUCCGAGGCUGGCGGGUCCGGCUUUAUCAGCGCGUUCCCUUGGAGGAAGGCCUAUCUGAAGAGGGAGAUCAUCUCAAAUCUGAAAUGGAUGAGUAG